AAAGGGGCGGAGUUAGUCGGAUGCCCAGCCCACUGCCGCACUGCCAAGUGACGCCAGUGGAGAGAAAGCUAAACGAAAGCCCAGCCUGCUCUCCUCCUCUGGCGCAGAUUUCUUUGUGGAGUCCGCGGCGUUGAGGAACCAGCACUCUUCUCGAGCCAUGGCAUCAACUCAAAAUGUCAAGGAACCUGAAGCAUGUGAAAGGACAAUUGUGGUUUCCAAUGUUCCUGUUGGAAAUUCUAAUGAGGCAGACAUGGCGGAUAUUCUGAAGAGUUAUUUCCAGAAGGCUGAUAACGAAGGUGGAGAAGUAGAAAGUGUAACAUAUCCAACAAAAAUCAAAGGAGUUGCAUUUGUGACAUUCAAGGAAAUAAAAGGUGUUGAGAAUGCCCUUAAAAAGAAGAAACACUGUCUAUCAGAGGAGGGGCUACUUCCAACUUGUCUUACUGUAUCUCAUUUUAGUGAAAACGUCAUUGAUUGUAUUUUUGUUCACCUUGAUUUAUCCGUUUUUGGAAAGGAAGUUGUUCUGGAAAAUCUGGUGACAGAACUUAAGGAGAAAAUUCCAUCCUUGAAAUUCUACCUUGUGGAAACUAAUGGAAAGGUCAUUGUUAAAGGGUCAUUUUUAGCAAUCAAGAGGCUAAAGGAAGUUCUGUUGUUACGGGCCAGUUCUCUUCAUGGAAACAACGCAAAUUGUGUCAGUCUGAGAAAAAGGAAGAAGAAGAUAAACUCUCCAGAAUGGAGCACAGCUGUGUCGUCUGUCCAGCCUGCAAUGCCCAAAACUACCAGAAAUGAACAGAUAAUUGUGCUUGAUACAGAUGUAUUUAAAUACAUGAAGCAUGGUAACCAAAUGUAUGAAAAGAUUUUAAAAGACUUUAAUGUCAUUAGUGAAGAGAUAGAUAAAGAUGAAAUCACCACAAUAUGUUUAAGAAGUUCUCAGACCGAUUCUAAUUCUGAUCACUUGGAAAAAGUAAAGGAAUUAAUUGAGGCUUUUUCAUACACACUUUCCCUUGAUCUUCGAAAAGAGAUAUUAUCUUUUGAGGGAAAGGAUGCAAAUGAGAGGGAGCAGAUUUUGGCGGCAUGCCAAGUGUUGAAGCCACAGUAUCCCCAGGUUCUGUUUGAGGUUAAUUCUAAGCAAAUUGACAUCAUAGGGAAUGCUAGUGAUACUUACCAAUUCAAAAAACUUGUCAUGAAGUCUGCAGGGAAAAAAGGGAACUUCGGAAACCACAAUGAUGCUAGCUAAAAUGUGUAAGGACUCUCAAAUUUUUCCACAUAACCAGUAAUUUCUUAGGAAAAGAUAGAUUUAAAUCUAUCCUUUAGAACAUCUAGAUGACCAUCAUUAUGCUUCUGUCAGUGUCAUAAACAUGUAGAAAAAUAUAGAUUACUUCUAAAUAGAAUGCUAACACAAACCAUGCUAGAUUGAAACUUAAAGAUAUUUUAAAGUCAGUUCACAAUUAAUUAACAAAUAUCCACUGUGGUAAGACUGCUUGAUAUUUGAACUUUAUUUGUAAUUUUGGGCAUGCUACUCUUCUUCAGUUUUUUCCCCAAAGACUUUUUUUUUAGAAAAAUAAUUUCUAUUGAAAUCUUUUGUUUUUAUAUUGCUUACAUUUCUUCCUUUAUCCCUCUUGUUGUCUGCUCCCAGAGAGCCAUCCUUGUGACAAAGAGAAAAAAGUUAAAGAGGAUGAGAAAAAAAAAUCAGCAAAACCAGUGAACAUAUUGGAAAAAUAUGACAUUGAACACAUUAUUUCAAACAUAUGACAACCACCACCUCAGCCCUUCUCUCUAAAGGAACGACUGGUGAGGUGUCCUCUCAUAUUUUUUCAUUGGUGACAAGUUUCAUCAUUACAAUUUCUCAACAUUCAGUUUUAAUUAUUUUGUGAUUGUUCUUUCUAUUUACGUGUUGUUCUUUGUGUUUGUUGUUUUUCUGGUUCUGUUUGUUUCACUUUGCAUCAAUUCAUGUAAGUCUCUCCGUGAUUCUCUGUAGUCAUUACGUUCAUAAUUUUUUGAUAGCACACUAAUAUUCCAUUUAUAUAUUCCAGAUUUGUUUAUCCAUUUUGCUAAUGCUUGUUCCUAGUUCUUUGUUGUAAUAAAAAAGUGCUGAUAUAGAUAUUUUGAUGUAUAUAGAUAGUCUUUUAUGUCAAUGGCCUUACCCCAAAGGUCUUAAGCAAAAAGUGGUUAUCUUGCAGUUGCUAUGUACAAUUUGGCAGAAAAGGAAAGUACUUUUGUUUAAUUUCUUAUUGUUUGAUAAAGUUGUUAAAGAUGAAGGAUUUGAAAUAGAAAGAUUAUUGAGAA